AUGGCCGGGGACAGCGCGGCCAUGCAGCAGCUGGUCCCGGCGCUGGGCGCUCUGCUGCUGGCGGCCGAGGUGGCCACGGGCGCCAACCUGAGCUGCUACCAGUGCUUCAACGCGACGGAGCGGGAGCUGUGUGUGCCGGCCCAGUGCAGGCCUGAGGACACCGUCUGCUUCUCGCUCAUCGUCCUCAUCCGGACCUUUCAGAGUAAGACACUCUUGCUCAGCAAGGCCUGCGCACCCAAGUGCACCACCAGCAUCUCCAGCAAGUACCACUGGGCCAUCGAGCACUUUACCACCACCACCGUCUUCCGUCAGUGCUGCUCCUGGAGCCUGUGCAACCGUGUGUCCCCCGCAGGGCGCCAGGCCUGGGCUCCGCACCCACUGCUGCUGGCCCUGGGCUUCGGGCUCCGCUGGCCACUGCUGUGA